UUACAGUUAUGAUGUUUAGAACAUAUUGUAGUCUACUGAAAUGCCGCAAUUUAAUGCAAAACACACAAAAGCGGUAUAAAAAAAGUAACGAUGUUGAAAUAUUCAUUAAUGGAAAAUCUAUUACUGUUCCUAAAUAUUUCACAGUACUGCAGGCAUUGCGUCGUGAACGUGUGACUUUACCAACUUUUUGCUACCAUGAAAGACUUUCUAUUGCUGGAAACUGUCGAAUGUGUCUUGUAGAGAUUGAAGGCAUACCGAAGCCUCAAAUAGCUUGUUCGACCCCUAUAAAUGAAGGUAUGAAAAUAAGAACCAACUCCGAGGCAACUUUAAUGGCACAAGAAGGAGUUUUGGAAUUUCUUUUAAUUAAUCACCCCUUAGAUUGUCCUAUAUGUGAUCAAGGAGGUGAAUGCGAUCUUCAAGAUUUGUCAAUGAAGUUUGGGAAUGAUCGUUCUAGAUUUACAGAUAUACAUUUUGACGGUAAACGUGCUGUGGAAGAUAAGUAUUUAGGACCACUGAUACGUACUGAGAUGACACGAUGUAUUCAUUGCACUAGAUGCAUUCGAUUUGCGUCUCAAGUCUGCGGUUUAGAUGUUUUGGGCACUACAGGCCGCGGUACAGAUAUGCUUGUUGGAACCUAUGUCAAUAAAAUUUUUCUAUCUGAACUUUCUGGGAACAUUAUUGAUUUGUGCCCUGUUGGGGCUUUAACGGCUAUACCUUAUAUGUUUAAAGCUCGUCCUUGGGAAGUUAGGACAGCAAAUUCUAUUGAUGUUACUGAUGCAACAGGAACAAAUAUUACAUUAAACUAUCGAUUUAAUCGCUUACUAAGAGUUUUGCCUCGAGAGCACGAUGAAAUAAAUCAAGAGUGGCUCUCAGAUAAAGGACGAUGGGCGAUAGAUUCACUUGAAAUGCAAAGACUAGUAACACCAAUGUACAGAUCUCAAGAGUGUCUAUUUGAAACAGAAUGGCACUUUGCUUUGAAAUUAGCAGGUGAUUUGAUUAGAUGUACUUGUCCAGAUAACGUCAUGGCUAUAGCGGGACCGCACUGCAAUGUUGAAACACUGGUAGCAGCCAAAGAUCUUCUUAAUACAUUUGGAUCAGAACACACAUACGUAGAACGUGGGUUAUAUUAUUCUAUAUCGGGGAUGGAUUUACGAGCUGGAUACUUGUUAAAUAUAAAUAUGCAGGACAUCGCUUUAGCAGAUAAAAUCUUACUUGUUGGUACAAAUCCACGAUUCGAAGCACCUGUACUAAAUGCAAGAAUUCGCCAAGCAUACAUUUUUAAUGAAUGCGAUAUUUACGCCAUCGGUCCAAAAUGCGACUAUAACUAUUACGUCAAUUAUUUAGGUGACAAUAUUCAAGCAUUAGCCAAUGCUGGUCAGUUUAUGCAAGGUGCUAAGAGAGCGCUUAUACUGGUAGGAGUAUCUCAAUUGGAAACUGCGGCUGGACCUGAGAUUAUGAGAAUCUUAACUAAAUUAGCGCCUGCUACUAAACUAAGAAACUGGCAAGUUUUGAAUGUUUUAACGAGGGAGGCGAGUUUCGCUGGGGCUUUGGAAGCUGGUUGGAAGCCGGGAGCGCUUGAAGCUGUCCAGAAAUGUCCGCCAAAUGUGUUGAUAUCUCUAGGGGCAGACGAAAUAUUUUACGAUUGGACACCACCAGCAAAUUGUAGUGUGAUAUAUAUAGGAUUUCAAGGGGAUCGCGGCGCGCAAAAUGCUGCAGUCAUUUUACCUGGGAGUGCUUAUACAGAAUCUGGUGGAUUAUAUUUAAAUAUGGAAGGUAGAUCUCAAUAUGCCAUGCCAGCGGUGACACCACCGGGUAAGGCGCGUCAUGACUGGAAAAUAAUUCGCGCCUUAGCUGAGUAUAGCGGCGUUUGUUUAAGUUAUAGUGAUCAUUAUUCUUUAUGUCAAAGACUAUUGCAAAUAAGCCCUAAUUUCGUUGAUUUGGAUCAAUAUCAACAGAAAUUAUUUUUGGAUUUGUUGCCCCCAUUAUUAAAGUCGAGUGGAGAGAGUGAAAAUUAUUUGUUAGAUGUGGACAUGAAGACAUUGCAGGAGUAUUAUUGUUCAGACGUGUUUACUUAUAAUUCACCUACCAUGAUAAAGGCACAGAAAGCUGCUGGAGAACUCGCUGCCUGCUCAUAUGCUAGUAUUUAGUUAUAGAAGUAUUUUAACAGUUUCUUUUAAUAUCGAUAUAAAUGUUAUUAAUUA